AUGGCCUCGCCAGGGUUUGGCAACAAUCGUCUGGUAACAGGCUUCCAUAAGACUCGAGUCAUCCUUGCCGAGCAAGCUGCCCUUGCACAACAGAAUCAAUCAGCCCCUCCGAGUACUACCUCUAGUCCGGGUGCCUCAGCUGAAGACGCGAUUGAGAUUUCUGAUGAUGAGUCCAGCUCAGAGGGUGGGGGAAUGUUACUGAAUGUUGAUAAUGCUUUCCGUCCACAGUCUGGAGAUGUUAUGGUUGUUGAUAUCGACAGUCAGUCCGAGGAAGAAGGGGAAUUGAGAGAGUCUGACCCAGACCACUCAAAAACAGCUGCCGAGAUCCUCAUUUCCAAUCAGAAUGCCACCGAUCCUCGACUCCUGCCAAACCAACAAAAUAUUCACGUCUCACGACCUGAUGCACACGAUGAGUAUACCCCACGGCGGCUAGCCGACCUCAGCGAGCACGAGUUUGAGUUGCAAACCAGGUAUGUCUUCACUUCUCUCAAAAGAGAUGAGAUUGAUCUCGCCUGGCCCGCGUUCUGUCUCGGAUGCUUGAAACAAGGUCACAUGAAGGAGACAUGCCCGGAAAUAUUAUGCAAACACUGUGGUCUCGUAGGUGAACAUCCUGCUCGUCUAUGCCCAUCAGUCACCAGAUGCACAAGAUGCCGUGAACGCGGCCAUUCCGCUGUUGAUUGUGAUGUGUGGACAACUGUUACUGCCACACCUUGUGAUCUUUGUGGUGGCUUAGGACACCCCGAGCCAUCAUGUCCUGAACGGUUUUUCCCCUCACGAGUCCAAUCCGAAACAGGACCCCUGGAGCUAUGGAUCUCUUGCUGCAAUUGUGCAAGCAAAUCUCAUUAUGUUGGAGAUUGCCCGGAUCUUGGCCAAAGCUUUGUGACAAGCUGGUCAACACGAUCUAUCAGUCAAAAACAAAUUAUCAACCUCAGUCUCGGUUCAAACAUGCAGGAAUUGGAGGCGCAGGCCGGUAAUCGCGGCUUGAGACCGCAAGGCUUGUCAAUCAAAGGAAGGGCAGGUCUUCAUCAUGCGGGCAAUGCAGGUGGGCGCCCUAGCGACAACAAUAGCAGCGAAGAUGAGUUCCUCAGACCUAGGAUUGGUACUGGUCAACGGAACCAACCCCCUCGUCAUGAUUUCAGCUUCAGAGCCCCUGAGCGACUUCCCCCGCCUGCUAGUAGACCUGGAGACGCUGGGUAUGACCGCUAUAACCCACCAUCCACUUCUCUGAAUCAACGACCACGGAACGACUGGUACGCAACAGAUUCCUUUGGUCAACAACGUCCAAAAUCUCCUGGCCCAGAGAUGUCACAAUCUCACCGUGGGAACGGUGCCAAUGCUAGGGAAAACUUUAGGCGCCGCUCACGGUCUCCUCACGUUCUCGAUGGCUCCAGAAUGGAUCGCGUGCGUCCCCCUUUGCCCGCAAUGAAGGGUGCCAUCUCCAUUAAUUUACCGGUUCGGAGAGGAUCGAACGAUGGGAACGGCUCACCUACUCAAGCAACCGGAGUCGCGAAAACCGGCAAUAGCCAUACCAAUGGUGGUGUCGCACAGUCUGCUCAAAAUGAUCGAUUGACAGGAAGUACAGGCGCGAUGAAAAUGACAUCCAAGAAGUCCAAACAGACCAAAGCAGCUACUCGACCAGACCAAGUAGAUAACAAUGUCAAACAAGACUCAUCCGACAUGACGUCUCAUCCUCAGCCCAACCGGGCUAUGGACACAGCUCCCAGCCAGGGGGCUGGCUCUGAAGAUGGUCUACCACCGGAAGCAAUUCUACGACAAUUCGUGGACGCUAUGAACGUUCAUCGCGAAAGCAUCGGACGUAGCCUUCUGAUUCUUGAACGGUACGGUGGAAACCAGGAGGGAAAACCCAAAUUCUCUCUGAUCGAUCGCACACGACCCUGUGGACAAAGAAGGCUUAAAAUAGACCAGAGGAGAGGUCGAUUCAUUUGGCAAUGGUCCAAGACGCCAUUGCCAGAGAUACUCAGACACGCGAUAGAAUCGACACAUCUACCAGGAAAUGCCACGGCAACGGAAGGACCGCCCCUUGAUAGAGAAUCUAUCCUUCUGGCUAGCCUUGUUCCAGAAAGUCGUGCUUUUUUGAACUUGUUCGGAGCCCCAGCUUCAGCACCUCUCAGCAACACACAGCAACCAUGUACUGAACGUGAUGCAACAAGCAAAGAGCAACUGCUUGAAAGCGACAAACUCAAGUCUACCAGCAAUUCCAAAUUCAUCGUGAGACGUCCCUCAAUCCCACCUGAAAGACCAGUAUGGGACAAUGGCACGAAAAACACGCUUGUACAACGAGAUGUGAACGACCCACUGGGAGACCAUGAAUUCAAUGUGUAUCUAGACCUUUUCAACGCUCCACGCUUUGACCUUGGUAUGGGGCCUGUGUUUCUGAAGUACAAAGAACGAUGUUUUUACUUCGUCGACUCCGCUGUCCUCGACUAUAGCCAGCAUUCCAUCCCUGUCAACGGUGCGCACACAAAAGACAUAUGGACAUUCCUGCGUGCAUACCCGACCAGCCAAAAGAAGGCAAGACUUGAAGUAACACGUCGAUUAGAGGCAUUGUCACACCCAGUAGAUCCAUCCCUCACACGAGAAGCAGCCGAGAGAGUAAUGGAGGGGAUUUUGCCACCAAAUACCCCCACGAGAGCCAUGUCUGCCAUACCUGGUGGGGACUACAAAGAUUAUACAGAUCGAAAACGACGCCUUCGAACACCACGCUUUCAAACAGCCCGGGUGACAAGAUCCCAAGGGGCCAAACUGCGCGACAUCGAUUAUGGAGCUCUUGAAGAGGCAGAGAGGACAGUCAGACGCCGUCGAAGGCCUUAA